AAACCCCAAAAGAAAGAUCCAUAUCUCUCUACAUGUUUUGUAGUCUGCUUUGGCUUUUCUCUAUUUAAAUCUCAACGAUCCUUUCAGUUGCCUUGCAUUCUUGAGGGGUUGGCAAGAGAAGAGGGGUGUCUGGGAGUUGGCAGAAGAGGUGAGAUAGUUAUUGUGGUCAGAAUGGCAUUUGGUGAGGUGGUGAGCAAAGCGAAGCCAUAUUUGGCUAUGGUGUUCUUGCAGGUUGGCUAUGCUGGGAUGUAUGUCAUCUCAGUGGCAUCGCUCAAGCGCGGCAUGAAUCACUACGUGCUUGUGGUGUAUCGGAACGCCGUCGCCGUGGCUGCCAUUGCCCCCUUCGCCCUAUGGUUCGAGAGCAGGAAAGUGAGACCCAAGAUGACCCUCUCCAUCUUCCUCAAAACAAUGGCGCUGGCAUUACUCGAGCCUGUGCUUGACCAGAACUUCUACUACGUGGGGGCCAACUUAACCUCAGCAGGCUUCGCGUCUGCAUUGUUUAACAUCCUCCCUGCAAUCACCUUCCUAAUGGCCAUUGUUCUAAGGAUGGAAAAGGUGAAUCUAAGGCAACGACGUAGCCAAGCAAAGCUUGUGGGAACCAUCGUUACAGUGGCAGGCGCAGUGCUUAUGAUAUUAUACAAAGGUCCAGUGUUAGAUUUUGUAUGGUCCAAAGGGCGAAGCCAUCAAAAUACUGCGGUUGGUCAUCAGAACAGCAGCAACUGGCUCAAGGGUACCCUUAUGCUACUGAGUGGCUGCUUCUGUUGGUCUUGUUUCUUCAUCCUACAAUCGAAUACAAUAGACUCAUACCCUGCUGAGCUUACCUUAACCACAUUGAUAUGCCUCAUGGGAGCACUGAUGGGCAGCCUGGUUGCUCUUGUGGCGGAACGGGGCAGUGCCAAGCCUUGGAUCAUUGGUUGGGACACACGACUCCUCGCUGCUGUUUAUUCCGGAGUGAUUUGCUCCGGUGUGGCAUAUUAUAUGCAAGGUAAAGUGAUGAAGGAGAGAGGCCCAGUCUUUGUGACUGCUUUCAACCCUCUUUGCAUGAUUAUAACAGCUGUUUUGGGCUCCAUCGUUCUAGCAGAGGAUAUCACUCUGGGGAGUGUUAUUGGUGCAGUUUUUAUAGUGAUUGGCCUUUACUCACUCAUAUGGGGCAAGAGCAAGGAUCACUUGAACCAGCGCUCCCAGAGCAGCGAGAAGACUGGGGCCUUCGAGUUACCACUGGCUAUUACCGAUGCUGGCAAAUCUAGCACUGCUGUGGGGAUUCCUGCAUCACAAAUACUCGAGCAGUGAACCCAACCUUUCUCGGAAAAUAGCGUGCUUUCCAUAUAUGAGUUUUUUCUUUCUUUCUUUUUUUUUUUUUUGGUCUUUUGGUUUCAAUAUAUGCGUAGUUGUCGUAAAGCGUUUCAUGCAGCUUGAGGUUUUGGAAGCUUGUGAUGGAUUUAGCUUGAGUAUUAAAUUAUGGUGCAUCUUGGGUAAUAAAUUGUAAUUGGCAAGAUGCCACGAUACGCCUGAUAAUAAAUUGGUUGCCAAGUCAUGUUAGACCUGAUGCCAAAGAAAAGUUUAGCAUUGGUCUGCAAUUACGCAGUUGUUUGGCAAUGUUUUAUAUUUCUAUUUUCCUAUUUUUCAUAAAGAUAAGCAAUGUUUUAUUAAUUUUACACAUUUUGUCUAUAAAGUGACGAUGUUUUU